UGGGAGCAUGUGAGAGAGAGGUGUGUGCUCGCCUUUCGGCCUUGAGGUUCUUUUCUGAUGACUAGCUUUGCCAUGGGGAAGCAAGAAGAGAUGCUUGUCCGAAGGAUAACUGAGAUCUACGAGUGCGUCUCAAAGCUUCCCGCACUGAGCCCAUCCAAGGAAGUGAACGAGCUCUUGACCGAGUUGGUCAACAUCUGCAUCCCUGUGAUCGCCAUAGAUGUGUCCAAGCUGAGCUCCGAGGUGCAGGCGAUGAGGUCCGAGCUCAUUAUGCUCUGUGGAGAGGCGGAGGGCCUCAUGGAGAGCCACUACUCUGAUCUGCUGGCUUCCUACGACAACCCUCUCGACCAUUUGAGCCUCUUCCCUUACCACUCCAACUAUCUCAAGCUCAGCCUUUUGGAGUACACCCUACUGAUGAGGCACGUGCCGAGCCCGCCGGGCAGGGUGGCGUUCGUCGGCUCCGGCCCUCUGCCACUGACCUCGGUCGUGCUGGCCAAGCAGCACAUGCCGGCGGCGGAGUUCCACAACUACGAUCUCGACCCGACCGCCAACGAUCGGGCCUGCCGGCUGUUGCGCGGCGACCCCGACAUGGCGGCCCGCAUGGCGUUCCACACGGCGGACGUGCUCAGCGUGACCCACGAACUGAGGGGGUUCGACGUGGUGUUCCUGGCGGCGCUGGUGGGGAUCGGCCACGACGAGAAGGUCCGGGUGAUCGAGCACCUCGCGCGCCACAUGGCCCCGGGCGCCAUCCUGGUGGUGCGGAGCGCCCACAGCGCCAGGGCCUUCCUGUACCCGGUGGUGGAGCCGGCAGACCUGAGAGGGUUCGAGGUGCUGUCGAUUCACCACCCCGGCGACCAGGUCAUCAACUCAGUGAUCGUGUCCAGGAAGCCGCAGAGCGGCCACGCCCCUGGUGCUGCAGCCGUGAUGAGGCCGUGCAAGUGCUGUGAGAUGAUGCAGGGCUUCCAUCACUUCGGCCAUGGAAGCAUGAUGGAGGAGGUUGCACUGGAAGAGCUCCCCUCCUAACUCACGCCUCCUCCUUCAAAUACCUCUUCUCGAAUCAUUGGGUACAGACACAUUCUAAUGCGUGUCUAACUAUUCCCGCGUGCUAAGAUCUAAUAUGGUGUGCUUCUAAAUAUCUUAUCGUCUUCCCCUUUCAAUUUGUCAGGGAAAUCAGUGGUAUUUUCCUGUUGCUACAUAUCAUGUAUGGACUUAAGCUUUGAUCUCUAUCCCUUACUUAUAUGAGCUCCCUAUAAUUGUACCAAAUACAAAGUGUGUUUUGUGAUGA